GUCUAUCCCGCCAAAUUCAGUGCCCGCCAAGUCUCAGGAAAGAAGAAAUCCCUUUCUCUGACUCUCUCUGUUCCUCUCUUCUUGUUAAUAUUGUCCAAUGGCUGCUACUAGAGUCCUGAGAGUUCCUUUAGGCUCCUCCAGCUAUAACUCUGAGAACAUUCCUCCUCCUCUUCCUCUCUCUGCCACUGGAGGAAAGAAGAAGACUCAGUUACCAAUUGAGGAGGACUUUGAUAAAAUGGCUCCCUUCACCCUCACAAAGGAGCCAAUGGAGUCUGAAGGUGUUAAACCAAAGGAGCCAGUCCCUGAGCCAUUGCUUGAGGAGAACCCGAGGAGGUUUGUCCUGUUUCCAAUACAACACACUGAGAUAUGGCAGUUCUAUAAGAAAGCAGUCGCUUCUUUCUGGACGGUAGAGGAAGUUGAUUUGUCAAAGGAUUUACAAGAUUGGGAGAAAUUAAAAGAGGAGGAGCGUUAUUUCAUUAAACACGUAUUAGCAUUCUUUGCUGCUAGUGACGGGAUAGUCAAUGAAAACCUGGUCGAGAGGUUCAGCUCUGAGGUACAGGUAACUGAAGCAAGGUGUUUCUAUGGGUUUCAAAUAGCAAUGGAGAACAUUCAUUCUGAGAUGUACAGUCUACUCAUUGAUACUUACAUCAGUGAUAAACAUGAAAGUGAUUAUUUGUUUAACGCAAUCGAAAACAUGCCUUGUGUUAAGAAGAAAGCUGAUUGGGCCAUCAAUUGGAUUCAGUCUGAGGAUGAUUCUUUUGGCGAGAGAGUCAUUGCUUUUGCAGCUGUUGAGGGAAUAUUCUUCUCCGGCUCUUUUGCAGCAAUAUUCUGGCUCAAGAAACGUGGGUUGAUGCCUGGUCUGACAUUCUCUAAUGAACUGAUCAGCAGAGACGAGGGUCUCCAUUGUGACUUUGCUUGUCUCAUGUACAAGAACCUCAUCAACAAACCGACCAGUGAGAGAAUAAAACACAUCAUCACUGACGCUGUACUGAUUGAACAAGAGUUUCUGACUGAGGCCCUACCCUGUAACCUCAUUGGUAUGAACUGUGUCCUAAUGAAGCAAUACAUUGAAUUUGUAGCUGACAGACUGCUAGUGGCACUGGAUCAACCCAAGGUGUACAAUGUCAGUAAUCCUUUUGAUUUCAUGGAGAAUAUCUCUCUGGAGGGAAAGACUAAUUUCUUUGAGAAGAGGGUCGGUGAUUAUCAGAAGUCAGGAGUCAUGAGUAAGAAGACUGAGCACGUCUUCACUUUAGAGGCAGAGUUUUAAAGAGACAGCAACUGGACUAUAUAAUAAAAUUGGCUUUAUUUAUUUUGACAUUUAACAAUUUAGCAUCUAAAUUAGCUUGUCAUUUUUUAUCCUUAAAAACUAUUAAUAACACUCCA